AAAGGAACCCUGUACGAAGGCGGUGUUCGUGGAGUGGGUUUUGUCACCAGUCCAUUACUUCACGAACAAGUGCGCGGCACUAUUAACCAUGAGUUAAUACACAUAAGUGACUGGUUCCCCACGCUGACCCGAUUGGCUGGCGGCGAUUUGAUGGGUGGCGGGCGACUAGACGGAUACAACCAAUGGGAGACUAUAAGUCAAGGUACUCCAUCACUUAGAACUGAAAUUCUUUUAAACAUCGACCCGUUGUACACCGCAGUGCGGAACUUGAGAGACGAUCCAUGGGCGGAAAGUACCUGUUUCAAUGUAUCAAUGCGAGCCGCUAUCAGAGUCGGGGAUUGGAAGCUGAUUACUGGUGGCGCAGGUAACGGCAGUUGGAUUCCUCCCACCGAAUCGGGAAUAGCUGCAUUGCAUCCAGAACGUCGAAACGGCCGGUCCGUCCAGUUAUACAACGUACACGUCGACCCAUAUGAACGGAUGGACUAUUCCCACGAGCGUCCGGACAUUGCCGAAGAGUUGCUCCAGCGUCUUGGGCAUUAUUACCGAACAUCAGUGCCGCCAAACUUCCCUCAACAAGAAGUACGGAGCGCGGAUCCAGCCAAUUACGGAGGAGUGUGGUCGCCAUGGGCAUGACAAGCCACGUGAGCAUUUUUGUUAACCAAUCAUGUUUGUUGUAAUGAGCAGUAUCUUUGAAAUACUUACAACUUGG